UUAAAAUAAAAUAACAAAUGCGUAAUAAUGUUGUUAUGUGGAAAUUACAGGAAAGCCAGUUUUACUGAAAUGUUUUACUCAGCUUUUAUGAAUGGGCACAGCGGGAAGGGGCGUGGCCGUUCUCUCCGCGCUUUUCUGAUUAGUCACGACAUCUUUUAUCGCAGAGGACUGGGUGGGCGGAGCCUGCGUGCUUCUGGCUCUUACGAGCGGAAACAUGAUUGGCUGACACGACGAGGGCAAGCGUAUCCUCUAACACCAUUGGUUGUUUGUGGCGGUGGGCGGGAUCUGUCAGCUGAGCUCCGUAACAAAUGUAGACGCAGCAGCUGCGCUGCACAGAAGAGCGAGCAAGCGGCUUAUAGAUUAGAGCUGCGUUACGAGCUGAAUAACGGGCAUUUAAAUAACCUAACAUUAUUUAUAAAUAUAAAUGUACAUUUGGAUCCUAAUGGCCUGCUAAUAUUGAUAUUGUGGUGCGGAUCGGUGGCAGUUAUUGUAGCAGCGCGCGCGAGACGGUGGAUUUACCUCAGAAGAACCUAACCGAACACCGCGGAUAUUUCACCGGAAUAUUACGUUUCUACGGUGAGCAGGAUAACCGUUCGCCACACUCCGUCACCCGCUCGGUUCAGAGAUCAGAUCACGGGGUUCACGGAUGGAGCGGAACACCGAGGCGCGGAGUCACGGAUCAUGGUCCCGGUGUGAGGAGCUCCUCCGAGGCGACGCAUCGAUGACCGUCUCGAUCAGCUCCACCACCGGGAGCCGCUUCGAGCUGUCCGUUCCUCUGGAGGAGACCGUGGAGGGCCUGCACCGGAGACUGUCCGAGAGACUCCGGGUCCCGAGGGAGCGACUCCUGCUGCUGCACCGAGACACGAGGUUAGACUCGGGGAAGCUGCUGGACGUCGGUGUGGUCGACGGAAGCAGACUGACGCUGGUGCCCACGCUCGAAGCCGGACUGAUGGCGCAGUCGAGCCGCUCGGAGCAGUCGGUCGUGCAGGCGCUGGAGACGCUCUCAGACGCUCAGGUCAGUGACUUCCUGUCGGGACGGUGCCCGCUGACCCUUGCCCUGCGUGUGGGUGAUCACAUGAUGUUUGUGCAGCUGCAGUUGGUGGCUCAGGCAUCUGGAGGACAGCCGUCCCUGUCCAGGGGUCCUACGGUCCCCAGCCAGAUGCAUACAGGGGCCGUCAGCAGUGCAAACCCCUCAGACUCACAGCAGCGGGAGCAGGACGUCUUUAAGAGCCGCACUGCCCCGCCCUCAUCACAUGAUAGCCACACCCACAGUGCUCAAAGCCCCACCACUGCCCCGCCCUGUGUUCAGGCUGAAGGCAGCACACAGCGAUGCAAACCCGGUGCCGUCAUCGAGAGCCUGGUCAAUCACGCACCGGGAGUUUUCUCAGGAACCUUCUCAGGUACUCUACACUCCACCUGUCAGGACAGGAGCGGGCGUCCUCGCCGUGACAUCAGCACCAUCCUGCAGAUCCUCAAUGACCUCCUGAGCGCCACACGGCUUUACCAGAGAUCUCCUCCGACGCUGACGCACCUCCGCUGCCCCUCACACACACCCUCACCUACCUCACACACACACACACCCUCACCCUCACCUACCUCACACACACACACACCUCCACCCUCACCUACGUCACACACACCUCUUCCCUCACCUACCUCACACACACACACACCCCCACCCUCACAUACCUCACACACAUACACACCCCCACCCUCACCUACCUCACACACACCCCCACCCCCACCAUCACCUACCUCAGACAGGCCACAGCCGCAUGCACAUCUGCUUAAGCCCUCCGGCGAGCGUCUGCGGCAGACGGAGAAUAAAGCCAUGCGCUGUAAGGUGGAUCAGCUGAGGCUGUUACUGCAGCAGAGGCGUCUGAGACGAAAGAUCCGGAGAGAGACUCGUGCUCCGUAUGUCUGGAGAACCCAGCACCAGAACCCAUCGCUCCCGCUGGACCAGGAGCCGGUCUGGAGACACGACGGCCCGGCGGACAUCAGCCCCGAGGUCAUCGUGGUGUGACGGACACAAGGAUGAGAGCGUAACUCCACACAGUCCCUCAGGAGCCGGCGCUCAAGCAUUAACACAUCAGGUGUUCAGCUCUGGGACGUGUUUACACCCUUCAUUUCUCCGGAGCUUUAUGGGAUUCUGAUCUUGUUUCAGAGGACAGAUGUCCGUCUGAGAUCACAGUCAGACCGCUGAUUAUUUUCACCCUGGAUUUGGGCGAAUCUCAUGAAAACCGCUCCUAUUUCACCCCUAAAUCAAAUGAAUAUGUAUUUAUUUUAUUUAUGAAGAAAAUGAAGUCAUAGAUAAUAAUCUAAUUUAUAUAUAUAUUUAUAAUUAUAUAACUCUAUUAAAAUGAAAAGAGAAAAUC